UCCGCCCAGUGGAAGGUCUCAGAGGCGGUGCAAUCUAAUCCCGCACGAUCCAGAUCGACCUCAGCAGCCUUCCUCCAGUGAAUCUUCUGCUGCUUAGUGUGCCAUCUGCUCCACUGUCCUCGUAACCAUUUUUCCACAAUGCGUGAAAUUGUGCAUUUGCAAGCUGGUCAGUGCGGAAACCAGAUCGGAGCUAAGUUCUGGGAGGUGAUCAGUGAUGAGCACGGCAUUGAUCCCACCGGUACCUACCACGGGGACAGCGACCUGCAGCUAGACAGAAUCAGCGUCUAUUACAAUGAGGCCACAGGUGGAAAGUAUGUGCCCCGAGCCAUCCUGGUGGACCUGGAGCCUGGUACGAUGGAUUCAGUCAGGUCCGGUCCCUUCGGGCAGAUCUUCAGACCCGACAACUUUGUCUUCGGUCAGAGCGGAGCUGGAAACAACUGGGCCAAGGGCCACUACACGGAGGGGGCCGAGCUGGUGGACUCCGUCCUGGACGUCGUGAGGAAAGAGGCCGAGAGCUGCGAUUGCCUCCAGGGCUUCCAGCUCACUCACUCCCUGGGUGGCGGCACCGGCUCCGGCAUGGGCACUCUGCUCAUCAGCAAGAUCCGCGAGGAGUACCCCGACCGCAUCAUGAACACCUUCAGCGUGGUGCCUUCUCCCAAGGUGUCGGACACCGUGGUGGAGCCCUACAACGCCACUCUCUCGGUCCACCAGCUGGUCGAGAACACGGAUGAGACCUACUGCAUUGACAAUGAGGCUCUCUACGACAUCUGCUUCCGCACGCUCAAACUCACCACCCCUACCUACGGAGAUCUCAACCAUUUGGUGUCCGCCACCAUGAGCGGGGUGACCACGUGCCUGCGCUUCCCCGGGCAGCUCAACGCCGACCUCCGGAAACUAGCGGUCAACAUGGUGCCCUUCCCCCGUCUGCACUUCUUCAUGCCCGGCUUUGCGCCUCUCACCAGCAGGGGGAGCCAGCAGUACCGCGCCCUGUCGGUGCCCGAGCUCACGCAGCAGAUGUUCGACGCCAAGAACAUGAUGGCCGCCUGCGACCCGCGCCACGGCCGCUACCUCACCGUGGCGGCCGUGUUCAGGGGCCGCAUGUCCAUGAAGGAGGUGGACGAGCAGAUGCUGAACGUGCAGAACAAGAACAGCAGCUACUUCGUCGAGUGGAUCCCGAACAACGUGAAGACCGCCGUCUGCGACAUCCCGCCCCGCGGCCUCAAAAUGGCCGCCACCUUCAUCGGCAACAGCACGGCCAUCCAGGAGCUGUUCAAGCGCAUAUCCGAGCAGUUCACCGCCAUGUUCCGCCGCAAGGCCUUCCUCCACUGGUACACCGGCGAGGGCAUGGACGAGAUGGAGUUCACCGAGGCCGAGAGCAACAUGAACGACCUGGUGUCCGAGUACCAGCAGUACCAGGACGCCACCGCCGAGGAGGGCGAGUUUGAGGAAGAUGGAGAUGAGGAAGUGGCUUGAACACCGAGCCUCACUCUAACUCAGAAAUCCCCCAACGGCCGAUCCCUUUCAUCCCCGCCACCGUUUAGAUUACUGCUGAUAUGUUAGACAUCGACGGGUGCUGAUGCUAGUCAGGUUUUUUUGAGAAUGUCUGUGUAGGUUGUGAAAGCACCGAAUUAUCGGCAUCCCUACAUCUGUCCUCUCACCGCCUUGCGGAAGUGAUUUUAACUGUGAAGCCUUGAGAUUGGAGGGUGAAUAAAAUCUAAUUAAAAGGCCA